ACACCUUCAGUUGGAAAAAGAAGACCGGGUUGAAGUCGAGUGGCCACUGUUUGACAUUUGUAAGCAACAAUGAAAGUUUUUCUUGUGCUCUCUGUCUGCUUGGCGGUUGCCCUUACCGCUGACGAGAAAAAAGACGCCGAAAGACCGAAAACCUUCAAGAGGCUUAUUCCAGCUGACGUCCUUCGAGACUUCCCGGGUAUGUGCUUCGCUAGUACAAGAUGCGCGACUGUAGAACCUGGCAAAACCUGGGAGCUGCAUCCCUUCUGUGGUCGCUCUACUUGCGUGGUGUCCGAAGAUAAACCACCAAGGCUUCUUGAAUUGGUCGAAGACUGUGGACCACUCCCACUCGCCAAUCCCAAAUGCAAACUCGACGAAGAUAAAACCAACAAAACUGCCCCAUUCCCUGGAUGUUGUCCAAUCUUCAAAUGCGAAGAAGGAGCGAAAUUAGAAUACCCUGAAAUUCCAACCGUAGCUCCAGUUCCUGCCGACGCGAGUUCGACAACACCUAAAGCCUAAAUUUUAAAUUCUUUUUAUCUGUUUCUUCUUAGUUGUCUUUCUUACUUUACUUUUCUUUGUUUUCUAAAAGAACAACUUGUCUCCUUCUUUCCUGAUAACGAUGAAAACUUAGUCAUAGUGAGACAAAUUAGAUGUCUUUUAUAUGUGAUACAUUUUUAAGUUUUUUAGAUGAGUUUUCCGGUUCAUAGUCAUAUUGACAUUUUUACUGUUCUAAACUUUUCUAUGAAUUUGUAGUGAUGAUUCGGAAAUAAAAUUUAUUUAUUGACGUA